GAUACUCGAAAUUACAAAGAAAUAUCUUCGAAGUGUCCUUUUUAGGGAAAAAAAAUGUUUUCUAAUUUGGAAAGUUCAAAGAAAAAUUUUCAUCUUUUUUUUCCCCAGCCUUUUCCCAUUUAAACCAGUUAUUAGCUUCCAUGAACUCAUAGGCAUUCAAGAAAGAGAGAUCAAACAGGAGAAAAUGGGCGUGAAAUUAGUGUCUCAAAUCAGUUUCAGUUUAGAAAUAUUGCUAAUAAGCAUUCAGCUGGUAGUGGCAGCGCCGCGCAUUUCAAAGCCCAACUGCGCAGACCAUUGCGGAGAUAUUAGCAUUCCGUAUCCAUUCGGAAUGGGUGAUGAUUGUUAUAUGGAGGAUUGGUUUGAGAUUGAGUGCGACAACACAGUCAAUCCUCCUAGACCAUUAUUAUCUCGCGUCAAUCUGGAAGUGUUCCUUAUUGAUCUUGAUCUUAGCGCAAUUGAAGUCGAAAGUCCAAUAAUAUCUUCCAAUUGUUCAGGCUUGGAAAAUGGUUUGCUUGUGAAUUUGACGGGAAGCCCUUUCUUUUUGUCCGACGAGAAUGUGUUCACUGCAACAGGUUGCAACACCCGUGCUUUACUCACUCAUAAUUCCCCCCAAUUGGUUGGCUGCGAUUCAACAUGCCUUGGCCAGAAGGAUGACGUUGAUUGGCGAGAAAUGCUUCCUAAACUCAGAAAAAAGGCUUCCGAUAGAGAUUGGUUAACGGAUUAUUGUAAUGGAUACAAUUGCUGCCAAACAGUGAUCCCUUCAUUGGUUAUGGUUUUCAAUCCAACUUUACAGGAUAAAGAUGCUAAUCGAAACAAAAGUGGUUGCAAAUUGGCAUUCCUAGCAGGCGGAUCAGGACUCAAAUCAUGGAGGAAAAAGGAUCCAAAUGUGCAGUUUCCAAUGCUGAUAGAUUGGAAGAUCAAUUCCACCAGAAGGAAAAUUGUUGACCCGGAAGCCGUGAAUUGCUCCAACUACAAUGAUCACUCUUUCGAUGAGCCAGCGUUCCGUUGUUCUUGUAACCCUGGGUUUGAGGGCAAUCCUUACCUUGGAUGCACAGAUAUUGAUGAAUGCAAAGAUCCAAAUUAUGACCAGUGUCUACGAAAAAUAUUAAAAUGUGUGAAUACUCAUGGAUCUUAUAGAUGUGUACCGCAAACAAAAUGGAUUAUAAUUUUUGGUAUUUGUGCUGUUGUUAUAGUGUUGACUGUGCUUAUUAUCGGAGCAAGGAGGUUAAAUAAAAAUAUACAGAAAAGGAAGAAUAUCAAGCGGAGGGAAAAGUUCUUCAAAAGAAUGUUACAGCAACAUGAGAGUUCAAGCCAAGACAAUAUUGAGAAAGCCAAAAUAUUCAGUUUAAAAGAAUUAGAAAAGGCAACUGAUCACUUCAAUGUGAACAGAAUUAUAGGCCAAGGUGGCCAAGGUACUGUUUAUAAAGGAAUGUUGGUGGAUGGAAGAAUUGUUGCAGUUAAGAAAUCCAAUGUAGUAGAUGAAUCAAAAUUUGAACAUUUCAUUAAUGAAGUUGUGAUUUUAUCACAGAUUAAUCACAGGAAUGUUGUCAAGCUACUUGGAUGUUGCUUGGAGGCAGAAUUUCCUCUGCUUAUCUAUGAGUUCAUCUCCAAUGGAACACUUUUUCAGUAUCUACAUGAACAAGUUGAUGAGGAAUUUCCAUUAUCAUGGGCAACGCGUCUGCAAAUUGCCACUGAAAUUUCAGGAGCACUUUCCUAUUUGCAUUCUGCAGCAGCUAUACCAAUAUUUCAUCGAGACAUCAAGUCAAAAAACAUACUCCUGGAUGAAAAGUAUAAAGCAAAAGUAUCAGAUUUUGGAAUUUCAAGAUCGGUUGCAAUAGGACAAACACACCUUACAACUAAAGUACAAGGAACUUUUGGGUACUUAGAUCCGGAAUAUUUUCAGUCAAGUCAGUUUACAGAGAAAAGUGAUGUAUAUAGUUUUGGGGUUGUGCUGGUUGAGCUCUUGACAGGACAAGAACCAAUUUGUUCAACAAAGUCUGAAGAUGUAGUGAGUUUAGCGACAAGUUUUAUUCAAAUGAUGGAAAGUAACAGACUUUUUGAGAUAAUUGACCCUCGAAUUGUGGAGCAGUAUUCUAUUAAGGAAGAAGUCAUGGUUGUUGCUAACAUUGCAAAGAGAUGCUUGAACCUUAGUGGAAAGAAGCGACCUACAAUGAAGCAAGUGACGAUGGAAUUGGAGGCGAUAAGGUUCUCUCGUGAAAAUGCAUGUAUUGAAGAAAAUUGGGAAGAAAAUGAGUUAGACCUUCAGGACUUUGCUGCUGCAUCUACUUCAAUACUGGUUUCUACCACUGCUUGGUAAUUAAGAUUGUAUUCAUUCUGUAGCUAGGAUUUUGCUUUCACUGGCCUAUUUUAUAACUUAGAUAUGUACAUUAAUUUUUUUUUUUUUAAAUUGUGAUAAAAAGAUGGUUUUUCUUUUUGCUAUUUUA